AUGGAUCCUCUUCUGGGUGCUCCCCCCGCUCCUAAACGUACGCCAUCGUAUCUUCAGUUUGCACCUCGGCGCACCAUGGCGUCUUUCGAGAACCUGGUCGUGCUCGCCAACUAUGAAGAGACUCUCAGGGAAGCCAAAAAGAUGGUAUGGAGAGAUCGAGGGGAACCUGCGGUCGAUGUGCAAGAUUUAUGGGAAUGCGUUGAGCAUGGAACAAGAGGCGGGCUGAGGGCGGGUACUUUAGCAUUUGCCAUUCGGUCGGGCGUUAACCUUGCUCUCCUCAUGGCAAGGCUAAAUCGGGUACCGAAGAAACUCCGUAUCUCCUUAAUACAGCAUGCUAUCCUUGGUUCCGACUCGUUCCGUUUUGCUGCCAUGCUUGGAUGCUUCGUUACUUUGUAUCGUGCCCUGUUGAACGCAUUUCCCAUUCUAUUCCCCCGCCAUGUACCUCUCCGGAUUCGUAUUCGCCAGCUCUUUUCAUUUGCAUUUUCAUCGCCCGAAGACUCGGCUGUUGUCGAUUCCCUUUCCCCCGACCUUGAACUACCUCGUUCCAGGACCGGCUCUUCGCGAACAGCAAGGUUGUCAACUACAGCCCAGGCGCACCAAGUCUGGGUGCGCAAGCGUACCAGCAGAUGGCACUCUGCUAUUGCCGGCGCCAUCGCCGGCGGGCUUGCUAUUAUGUUUGAGAAGAAGUCACGCAGAACUGUCAUAGCCCAGCAACUCUUUGUCCGGGGACUUCAGGGAUCGUACAACGCAAGCUCACAAAGAUAUGGUUUUAAGUUGCCUUAUGGAGAUGUACUCGUCUUCUCUUUAGCAUGUGGACAGAUAUUGUAUGGGUUUUUGCUGCGACCGGAUACCUUGCCACGAUCUUAUGUGACAUGGAUUAACACGGCAGGCAAGAUUCCGGUCGCAGCCGUUCGAAUUAACCGAGAUUUGGUCCGUGACGGCAGUUUCAAUGCUGUAGAUAUGGAACGUAUUCUGCAGGAGGAGAAACUUACCUCCGGGAACCGCGCUGAACUUGUUCUGCGACAUGCUUUGACCAUUGGAGCUCCCCCGGAUUUCGGACAUCGUUACGGCCCUUGUGCAGCUGUUCACCCCACGCUCGACUCUUGUCGCCAAGUCCCUUUGGACCGCUUUAUUUCUGUUUUUAGAUGGAUGCUUCCUAUCUAUGGUGCAUUACACUUCAUUCCGAUGAUGUUAUUCAAGCGGAAGGGUUUCAUUCAAGAACCCCUGAAAAUGUUAUUGCGCGCGGGCUGGGGGACAACAAGAAGCGCAGCAUUCCUGGGCACUUUCGUAGUAAUAUACCAAUCAUACUUCUGCUUCAAGCACUACAUGUACGAAAUCCUGCUCGCUUUGCGGCAGUCUCCUUCGUCCAUCGUCAAGCCCCCCAUGUGGUUGAUCAAAUUCCUGAUCUCCAAGCCGUCUUUCUGGAUGGGUGGGCUUCUUUCUGGCUUGUCAUUGUUUGUCGAGGCAAGGAGGCGGCGUGGUGAGUUGGCCAUGUACGUGUUGCCUAAAGGGCUGGAGAGCGUUUGGGUAAUGGCGAGAGGAAAGGGGUUGGUCUUUCGCACCGGAGACUUUGGCGAAGCAUUGGUACGACCCACACUAACUGCACUUCUCGGGCACUCAUAUCGAUUCCCCAUACAGAAUGAUCCAGAACAUUUGUCUGGUCUCGUCAGACGCAUACUAUAUCAGUUCAUCGGGCCCAACUGA